AUGUUCUCUGGAAUGCGCCCUACCCCUAGUGGAGAGGAAGAGUAUGAUGCCUGGGCAGAGCAAACCACACAUAUGUUGGAGGAGUGGCAAUGCGGUGAUGGCAUAAAGAAACAAAGAAUUGUGGACAGUCUCAAGGGUCCCGCUGCUGAUAUAAUAAGAUUCCUGAAAGCACAAAAUCCAAAUGCAACUGCCAAUGACUACAUGCAAGCACUCAAAACAGCUUUUGGAACCACUGAAAGUUCAUCCGAUCUCCUUGUCAAGUUCAGACACACGUUUCAAAGUGAAGGAGAAAAGUUGUCAUCCUACCUGCUCAGACUUGACAAACUGUUGCAUUCAAUCUUCAGAAAAGGAGGUUUGCAGUUAGCUGACAUGAACAGGCUUCGCAUUGAACAAGUUGUACGAGGUACUCUGCAGCAUGACAUGAUUGCAAUGCGCAUACGCAUGACCCAUAAGCUAAGACCUCCACUAACCUUCAAUGAACUUUUAAGAGAAGUCAGAGAAGAAGAAGACAUACUACAAGGCAGAAGUGAUGUUAAAAGCACAGUAAUGUCAAAACCUGUUGCCUCAGUCACUAAGCCUGUGCCUGAAGUCAAAGCUGAUCCCGAAGUGGAAAGACUCAAGAAUGAACUGAGUGCGAUGAAAGUUGAAAUUAAUAACCUCAAAGUUGCAACUGUCACAGCAGCAGCAGCUCAGACUGAGAACCAGAGUCAAAGACCGGAUCCUACAACCAAAAAUAAGUUCAAAAGAAAUGCACCUCCACCAAGACAAAAGACAUAUUCAGAGCAACCUGGCAUCUUUUGUUACCGGUGUGGAGAGGACGGACACUACAUGAGAGAAUGUGAUGGAGUUGAAAACUUACAAAGAGUCAACAAGCGGCUGAUCAAACUCACCAAGAAAUCGGGAAACUACCACGGGUCCCAGUAG